UGCACCGCAAGGACACAAGAUGGCGGCUGCGAGCGCUGUUCCCGGUUGCCUUGGAAACAUGUGGCUCCUGGCCCGGCCUAGGUAUAGGCGGCUUUGCUGGGGCUUAUUCCCGCCGAGGGUCUUGCAAUGGGGUUAUCAUCGUUGUUUCGGGUCAUUGCCCCCGGAGACCUUGAUUUCCGCUUCCUGUCCGUCGUUGCUCAGCCAGCUGUCCCCCGGCCUUACUGUGCUGAAUGACUUUGUGUCACAGGCGGAGGAGUCUGUUCUGUUUGGGGAGUUGGAGCCGGUGCUGAAGAGAAAACGCUACGAGAAUGGUCACUGGGAUGAGGCUAUCCAUGGGUUCCGUGAGACGGAACGAUUAAGCUGGUCCCCCGAAAACUCCGCUGUGCUGCAGAGGGUGAGAGAAAAAGCGUUUCCCCCUGGAGAGGAGCAGCUGUCACUCGUUCACGUCUUGGAUCUCAAGAAAGAAGGAUAUAUCAAAGCACAUGUUGAUAGUGUAAAGUUUUGUGGCAGCACCAUUGCUGGGAUUUGCCUGCUGUCGAGCAGCAUCAUGCGCUUGGUAUCUGUGAAUAAUUCAGAAGAAAGAGCAGACCUACUGCUUCCCAGGAGGUGUCUCUAUGUGCUCAGUGGAAAUAUUCGCUAUAACUUUACCCACGAAAUCCUGCGGGACGAGGAGUCCUUCUUCAAUGGGGUACACAUUCAGCGAGAGCGUCGCAUCUCUAUCAUCUGCCGGAAUCUACCUGCAAGCUGAUGCCGUCCCGGUGCCACACACCACACUUUGCUGUCCCACUGCCAGACUUAACACAAGGGAUUGGAGUGAAACAGAAUCAACAAGUCUAUUAAGACUAAGAAAAUUGCGGUGGGGGUAUUCCUGUCUGGGAUUAAGACUUGAGGCUGUUUGGAAGCCGGCUGAGAAUAUAGCGAAGUAUCACUUAAGGAACGUUGAAAUGCACCAUCCUCUGUGCUUCUUUUGUUUUGCACCAGAGUUGCUGAAAUCCAGAGGCAAAAUGCUUCCAGGGUCAGACUGGCCUGCCAGAACAUCAUUGGGCCCCAGCCAAGGACAAUUCUUAUUCACAACUGAUGGAUAUAAGAUGCCUUUCAAUUUUGAUUCAAAGUAUAUUUUCAGCAUAGUGGCACUUAAAGGAGAACUAAAGAAGUAGCUAGAAGUGCUGUACAUUAUGUUUUGUGCUUCUGUACCAGCCCAAGGCAACCUCAGUCUUUAGCAGUAAAGAUCUGGGUCUCCAAAGAUGCCCCAGUAG